CGCGCGCAUUUUGUUGUUUGUUUCUUUCAUCGAACAGCUGAUCGGACAUGGAGAAUUCUAUCUUGAACCUCGCUCAUGAGAAGCAGAGAAGAGCAGAUGUCCUUCUGCGCUCAAGACGCUUCGAGGAAGCCGCAGACUGUCAUGAAAAAGUAGCUGAACUUCUCGCCGAGACUCACGCACAAAUCAGCGCCAGCUUUGUUGACGUGAGACCAUUGGAGAUAUCCAAUCAUCAAGAUAAUAAUUUAGCCACGUCGUCCAUUCGCUCUACAGCUGCCCUAGAGUCACUUGUGCUUCAGCGAGAUUAUCAUAAAAGGCAAGCGGCUGUUGUCAGAAUGAAGCAAGCACAAUACGAGGAAUACAAAAAGACAUUGGAGAGUCAACAACAACAUCUCAAGCAGACCUCUAAAAACCCGGCGAAGGGAACCGCCGAGACCGCGAUUUCCGAAAAAUACGAGGGGUCAUUGCGACAGGCCAUCUACAGGACAAUCGAAGAACAGGAUAGUCUGAUUUGUCUGAUAUCGUUGCCUGAAAAUGAUCAACCGUUUAAGCAUCCUGAAGAUACAAAUACUGUUAUCGAAGAGCUACGUACCGCCAAUUCGCAAUUACGAUCGCUCGUUGAGAGUCUGCUCGGUCAACUCGAGGCCAAAGAGUUGGAGGUCCUCCAGCUAACCCAGAGACUUCAGAAUAGAUCCGUUGAUUCUAAUGAAGAAAUUGGUCCCGGUGAGGGACAUUCCCUCCGACUAACUUCACUUCCUCCAUUAGCGCCCCUUGAAAUGCCGCUAUUCGAUUUCACCUCUCCUUAAAACUGAUCAGCAGUAAUUAAACAAAUUAUUAGAGAAAAUAUCGCGGCCCUUCUGUAAGAAAAUCGUGUCAACACUUUUUGGUAUUCGAUGUUUUUGCAGCUUCACCGAAAUUGCGAAAAGAUUCUUGGAAGCGUCGGAUUGACACUCUCAUAUUCGAAUUUAGUGCAAAUCGGUGUGUAAUCUGUUGACAAAAAAGUUUGUGCGAUCUUUUGGCAGAAAAGGAGACGAUGUAUUUAUGGAGUUGGGAUGAAAAACAAUUGUUUCUGAUUCUUCUACCAAACGCAGCAAUUUUUGAUGGAAUAAUGUGUACAGAUUAAGUUAAAAAUUGCUUGAUUGUCUUGAAAGUAAUGGUUAACUGACGAAUUUCAUGGCGAGCAGUUCAAAUAAAGAGUGUGACAAUACGUGGAGUGCGCGAUGAUAAUACAAUUUUUUAUGGACAUAUCGAUUUCGAAUUAUUUUUGUAUGUGCUACGAUAUCCAUAUGAAUUAUAAUAACAAAUAUUUAUUUGAGGGUGAUAUAGAUUUUUUGAUUGACAAAACCCAGAGUAGCCAAUACUGCCAUUUCUACGUUGUACAUAAAUGAGUUUCAAUUGUAUAAUAAUUCCGAUAAUUGUCUUUAUUGUCUUGAGAGGUUUCUCUGAAGAUGGUUUGAUAAACGUAAUGCAGUAAAACCUGAUUGUCCAUCUGUUUAUUGUUGAUUUUUCUACUGAUUCCGUUGAUGUUCAAAAUUCGUGUGAGAAUGCAAUCGAUAUCCAGGGGUUUUAAUAAACAACAUGAUCCCCAAACAUUGAGUUCGAUUUUUACAUUCAAAAUUUUCAGUACCAAGUAGCUGUGGUGUGAGAAGAAAA